AUGGAUGGAUCUGAUCCAAAUGGCAAUGGUCAUCAUCAAAAUAAUAAUAAUAAUAAUAACAAUAAUAUUAAAUUAUCACCUAAUUCAUUAUUUGAUCGAGAUACAUUAGCUACUUUACUAUUGGGUAAUCAAAGUCCAACAUCUGCUGGUGUUUCAUCAUCUGUUGAUGAAUGGGCUGAUAGUGCAGGAGAAUUACUUGUUGAAUUAGAUAAUCUUAGUAUGCUUAGUCAAAUCUGUGAUAGUGUACCAAGACUUCCACCAAAACCCACAGCAAAUAAUCGUUCAAUUGAUGAAAAUAAAAUUUCAACAAAUGUUCAACAACCAAAACAUUUAAUCUUUCGAGAUAUUGUUGCUUUUUGGCAAUGUUAUGAUCAACUUUAUAUUGAACAAUAUAUGUAUGAUCGACGAUAUUCAUCAGCUGUUAUCGAUCAAGCAGUAAAUAGUUUUGGUAUGUCAGAUUAUGAUAUUCUUUCAUCAGCACUUCCACAAUCAUCAUCAUCAUCACCACCACGAUUACCUUCAUAUCGACGAUUUAAUUCACAACAUGAAUAUGAACGUUUACUUCAUGAAUUUGCAUCAGUAACAGGUGAUGAUCUUGAUGCUUGUUUAUCAAUUAAUAAUAAUAACAAUAAUAAUUCUAAUAAUAAUAAUUCUAAUCCUAUUAUUAAUAAGACUGGUGAUAUAAAUAAUGCAGCUAAAUUAUCCAUCCUUUCGAAACUUUUACCUAUGACGACAACAACUCAUUCAUCUCCAGUAUCCACUGAUAAUGAUCUUAAUUCACUUGUUGCUGAUCUUGAUCCACAUCCAACACCAAAUAUUAAUGAUAUACUUGCUAAUUUAAAAGCUGGUUUAAUUGAAUCUAAUCUUCAUGUACCAACUUUUGAUGAAUCUCAUCUUGAUCUUCCACGACAACGUUCAUCUCUCACACAUAAUCGUCUCAUAUCAUCAUCAAUGAUAAAUAAUAUAGCUGUACCAACAUUAUUUAUUAAUGAAAUUGAACAUGUACGUCUUGUUGAUUUAUCUAAAACUUUAUUAAAUAAUCUUCCUCUAUCAACAAUAAAACAUUAUGCAAAAUUAUUACAAUGUCCAAUUGUAAUGUGUCCUGAAUUUGUACGCGAUUUUUUAAUGCGUAAUAAUCGACAAGCAAGUACAUCACGUUCAUGUUUUUGUACAACAUUAAAUGAUGCUAGAUUAAUCUAUACGGAAUUAAUUGCUGCUAAUGUACCAUUACCAGCAACACCAAAAGAAGAAGAUUUAUUAUUAUUAACUAAAAAACGUAAACAUGCACCACCGAAAGGAUGGGAAGAUGGUUCAAGCGAUAUGAUUAUAACUGUACCACAAGUUAAAAAACAUAAACCAAAAUUAGAUUCUACAACAAUUAUACUUGAUCAUGAUUAUUUAAGUGCAGAACAAAUGGCGAAUUUAUGGAGACGUUCAUCGAAAAAACCAAUUGUUACUAUUCCAUUACCAGUCUCUCUUCCAAUACCACCAAUAGAAUCUGAAGAAGAUCUUCGUUUUAUGGAAUGUUCUCCUACACCACCAAUCUCAGUAACACCUACUCAAAUAACAUCAUUACUUCCUAUGCCAUCUCUUCCACCGCCACCACCACCACCACCACUACCUCCUCCUCCACCUCCACCAAUUCUCUUCAAAUUAAGAGAUUAUUUUCAUUCUCAUCCACCACCAACAUCAACACCAACAUUUUAUGAUGCUUAUUCAGACGAAAAAUUUCUACAAAUUACUCGACAUCCAUUAAUAAUUUUGUCACAGACACAACUAGAUUAUCUACUGGACUAUCUCAGGAGGGAUAUUUAUUCAACAUCACUUAUUGAUAGAUAUCAUUUAUAUUAG